GAUUGGCACUACCUGAGAAGGAGGGUGAUAAGCAUACAGGGAGGUGCUAAGGAUGGAGAAGCUUGUGGAAGGGAGUGAAUGGGGGAGUUCUUUAGCAGGGGCUGCUUACCAGCGUUAUUUUUCUUUUUGUGUCAGGUGUUUAGGAGAGAUCAGGCAUGCUCAGUCAUUGGGUUGUGUUAGUCCUUUGCUGCUUGGGACAGCUUUGUGCAGAUCAGAGCAUGAAACCUCAGCUUGCAGCCCCUCAGCUUGCAACAAACAAUCCCACUCUCACUACAGUUGCCCUAGAGAAACCUUUCUGUGUGUUUGAUAGCUCACUAUAUCCAAACAAAUCUUAUGCCAUCUACUUGUAUGUGAUGAAAAGUUCAGCAAACACAAUAAGCUCUGUGGUGACUGACAGCAACAGCAAGCCACUGGACAGCACAUUCCAACAAACACAUGGGGGACAGUUUGGACCUUACAAGGCUGCUUCAUUCGAUGUACCGAACUGUGUGUCACCCCCCAAGCUUGCUGAUGCAGGAGACAUCAACAAAGUUUCCGAUGUCCUGAAACAAUACCUCUUCAGAGUUGGGGAUGAUGGGACUUGUUUGUAUGACCCAAACUUCCUCGACGUCUGCAAUCCUCCUCUUGCACCCGACACAACAUACAGGUUUAAAUACGUGUUGGUUGAUAACACAGAAGAUGUCACAAAAGACCAAACUCUUUGGUCUGAUCCAAUCAAAACCAGAAAAGCUAAACUUCCCAUGAAAAUUGAUACCUGGCCUGGCCGAAGGAGUGGAAGCAUGAUUGUCAUUACGUCAAUCCUAAGUGUGUCAGUGUUCCUUCUGCUUGCUGGCUUGCUCGCUUCUGUGUUAUCUGCUCUCAUUGAAUCAGAAGAUCCUUCUGCAGAGAGAAAGGGCACGUCUGAGACUUCUCAACAGAGUGAACUGAGACCACAGCUGAGCUCCGAGUGAGUGGCCAGGUUCAAGUGAAUUCUGGAAAUACAACUGAACAUGUGCCACAACCUGCAGGACUAACUCUUCUGCCCAGCACUGGUCCCCUGCUACAAUAUGCAACCAGCUGGGCCUGUACAGCACAAACUAAAUAAAGACUGUUUUUUUAA